GUUUUUAACUAUUUUUUUUUUCUCUAAUCUUCACUCGCGCCAGUCUUUCUCAGAAUGCUUUCCUUUCUCUGCCAUCCCGGAGUGCUUUGCGCGUGUUGUCAAAGAAGAUGGCGGUUCGAAAGAAAGACGGCGGACCCGACUGGAAAUACUACGAAACCAGCGAAGCUGCGGCGUUAUUCGAGCCGGUAAAACAAUAUCUGCUGAAAAACCACAAAAAGUAUGUGCAAGUCGAGCCUCCAACUAACAAAGGGCUUGCUACUUUGGUUGCUCAGCUAUUACAAUUUCAAGAAGACAACUUUGGUCACACUGUCGCCAAACCACCACUCACAAAACUGCCUAUAAAGCUGUUCCAGGAUUAUUCUGCAAAUGGUGGACUGUGUACAAUUUUGGCAUGUGUCUAUAAGACCAGAACAGAUCAAGGAUGGAGGCGGUUUGACUUCCAGUCACCAUCCAGGAUUGACAGAAAUGUUGAAAUGUUUUUGAAUAUUGAAAGAGCAGUGAAAGAGGCCAAAUUGCUGAUGAUACCUCAAGUGUAUAUAGCCCAAGAUGUUGAUCAAAGCCAGGUCGCAAAGCUGAGGGACAUUGUAAAGAGGCACAAUGGCAAUAUUGUAGAUGACAAGACUUCUGCAACACAUAUAGUCCAUGCCUGCCCACCACCAUUGCCUGAAGAGGACUGGCUUAGGCCUUUGAAGAAAAAUGAAGGGCAGGUUUUGGUUCAUUGGUGGUACUACCCUGACAGCUAUGACACCUGGGUUCCCUCAACGGAUGUUUUGGAUGAACCACAGCCUGAGCCCGAUCAUAAAGGACCUUGGGAGGUGACUGGCAGAUGGCUCACAGAUUUGGAGAAAUACAAUGAGUGGAUGAAUGAAGAAGAUUAUGAAAUUGGAGUAGAUGGGGAGGGUGACAUGCGUGGGACAGCUUCCCCAGCUCUGGGUCGUGCUCGAAGGAAAAGUUUUAGAGGCAGGGCAAGCUCUGAUGAGCCAUCAAGCCCAGACUCAGCUGUUAAAUCUAAAAAGAGAAAGCACUCUCCCUCGCCAGAAUCUAAGAAAAGAAAAAAAAGUGAUGAGGAUGCAGAUGAAGAUGCCACCAAGGACAUGCCUGAUCCUACCCCUGUCCCUAAGGUAGAGGAGGUUCAGCAUGCAGGUAAAGGGAAGGAGGCUGAGCUACAACCCCCAAAAGGAGGAAACCUCACAGAUAUAUCAGCUAGUACAGACAAAAGUGAGAAGCCAUCUAUCGAUAAUGAAGGUACUGAAGAGACUCCACAAAACACAGAGAGCUCUCCCGCCCCCACCUCGCCCGCCCCAUCUGGCCCCGAAAUACUCAAGGAACCACUCAACCUUCCUGACACAGAACAGCAUGAUGAAAAUCUAACUGAACAAACGCAUCACAUUGUCAUACCCAGCUAUGCAUCGUGGUACGACUACAACAGCAUUCAUGCCAUUGAAAGAAGAGCUCUGCCAGAAUUUUUCAAUGGACAAAACAGAUCCAAGACUCCAGAAAUCUACCUUGCCAUGCGAAACUUCAUGAUUGAUGCCUAUCGCCUGAACCCUACUGAAUACCUAACAGCCACGGCGUGUAGGCGGAACCUGGCAGGUGACGUCUGUGCUAUUGUCCGCAUCCAUGCCUUCCUGGAGCAGUGGGGACUCAUCAACUACCAAGUGGAUGCUGACUCCAGGCCUGCUCCCAUGGGUCCUCCCGCUACCUCACACUUCCAUGUGAUGGCGGACACACCUGCUGGUCUUCAGCCCCUACAGCUACCCAAGAGCAUGAUUUCACCUUCUCAGCAAAUGAUGCAGUUUAAAGAUGAACAUGGCUUAAGGGAGACACCCAAGUCUCAGCCAAGUAGCACAAAUUUUGGGCUGCACACUGAUCAGUAUUUAUCCAAAAAGAGUCAAAAGGCUGCAACUGCAACUAAGGAGUGGACAGACCAAGAAACAUUACUACUGCUAGAGGGAAUGGAACUGUUUAAGGAUGAUUGGAAUAAGGUCGCAGAGCACGUUGGCACCCGCACCCAGGAUGAGUGUAUACUGCACUUCUUGCGCCUGCCAAUCGAGGAUCCUUUUCUGGAGGACAUGAAGCUGGGUCCUCUGACUUUUCAGCCUGUACCUUUCAGUCAGCAAGGAAAUCCUAUCAUGUCAACUGUGGCCUUCUUGGCAUCGGUCGUUGAUCCCCGUGUUGCCAGUGCAGCGGCAAAAGCAGCUUUGGAGGAGUUCUCUAAGAUGAGGGAUGAGAUCCCGGAAGCAAUAAUCGAUAGUCACGUAAAGAGUGCAACAUCCGCCAAGACAGAGAAAGACCAAGACGAGGAAGAUAAUAGUGAGCAAAAUAAGUCUGUAGACGAAGCAAUGCAGGUAGAAGAAGAAAAAACUGCAGAACAACCUGAAGCAGCUCCUUCGAAAGAGGAAAAGGAACCGGAGACAGCUUUGGGGGCCAGCGAGAAUGAGUCUCCACUUGAGGUGAACGGCGAGUCAGAGGGAGUUAAAAUAACGGCAACAACAGGCAGCAGCGAAGGGAAUAUAGCAACAGCAGCAGCAGCCGCUCUGGCUGCAGCAGCUGUCAAAGCAAAGCAUUUGGCUCAAGUGGAAGAGAGAAAGAUCAAGAGCCUUGUGGCGCUAUUGGUGGAGACCCAGAUGAAGAAACUCGAGAUCAAACUCCGCCACUUCGAGGAGCUUGAGACAAUCAUGGACAGGGAGCGAGAGGCGCUGGAAUACCAGCGCCAGCAGCUGCUUGCUGAGCGGCAGCAAUUUCACCAAGAGCAACUUCGCGCUGCCGAACUUCGCGCACGGGCAAGCCACAUGUCACCAAGCACACCCACCUCUACUGUGCAUAAUGCACCGCAAGCGCACGCCGUCCCGCAACAGCCAGGUACCCCACAACCUGCCAGUCAACCACAACAGAAGCCUUCACCAACAAUACAACAGCCACCUCAACAAGGCCAGCCGGCACAACUACAGCAACAGCAGCUGCAGAAACCCCAGCAACAGUCACAGCCACAGAUAGCACAACAGCAACAGCUGCAUGAGAUGCAACGGCAGCAGAUACAGCAACAACAGAUGCAGCAACAACAACAGCAGCAGCAGCAGCAACAGAUACAACAACAACAGCAACAGAUGCAGCAACAACAAUUACAGCAGCAGAUGCAGCAACAGCAGCCUCCUCAGCAGAUGCCUCAAAACAUGCCCCAACAGCAGCAGCCCGCGACACAACUCCCCUCACAAGGUCAGCCGGCACCACAGUACUUCCAGCAGCAAUUCCAGAUGUUCCAGCAGCACAUGCAGCACCAACAGGUUCGCGGAGGUCAGGCCCCUGGACAACAGCAACAGACAGCCGCACCGAUACAAUCAGCCGUACACGGCCCUGGCUCUGCCCCGUCCCCAGUCUCCUCAAGCAACCAAAUGAUAAACCCCGGCUCCGUUAACUCCGCGGGCUCUCGGCCAGCUUCAGGAUGUAGCACACCUGUGUCCUACAUGGGAGGGUCCGCCACGCCCUCCCCGGCCCAGCCCGGACCCGGCACUCCUGGGGGACACCCUCAGGGUAGUGUGGCCCCGCAACAGGGUACGCUUGGGGGAGGUGACGGGAUAGCUGCGCAUGGUUCGUCCCCGGCAGCUCCCGCAGGAAACAUAGAAGGUCAUUAAGCCAUGUAAUUAGUCAUAGGCGAUGUCAGCUUAGUCAAAUACAGCUUAGUCAAAAACAUGGAAGGUCAUUAAGCCAUGUAAUUAGUCAUAGGCGAUGUCAGCUUAGUCAAAUACAGGACUUGGCUCAUUUGAUUAGUAGCUUCUAGGGGUGUAUGGAUAAUUCACUUAUAUUGACCUUAACCUCGACAUUCCGCGCGACACUACGAACGCGUACACUUGCCACGUGAUUUCGUUCACAUGGUUUGCGCGCACUUGGCAGUAAGCUCUCGUAAUAUGCGCGUCCACGUGACGUUAAGAUCUAGGGAAGUCAUAAGGCCAUUCCAAGUACAUAUAGAUUUAAUUACGGCCUUGUUAAGCGCAGUACCCAGCUAUAUUUUGUACCAAAAUCUCUUAUAUGAAAUAAACUUCUUUUCUUGAUGAA